AUGUCUACUUCAAGUAAUCCUGAACACGGACAUCAGAUGAGUCGCGACUAUAUAAGUGGAUUUUUACAUCCAUCUAAUGUCGCAUCGCGGGAGGUUCUUUCUUGGCUUAAAACUGCGCAAGUUUCUACUACAUCUUUUGGAAGUCAUGCAAGCUGGAUCACCUUCACGGCUCCUGUCUCGAAAGCGGAGAAGAUAUAUAAGACCCGGUUUUAUACCUUUGAGCACAAGAAAUCGAAAGCAAUUGUAGUCAGAACUCUCAAAUAUUCACUUCUGUCGCACACUGAGCCACCACUCCUGGGGGUUGUGCCUGCUACGCUCGCAGAUCUAGUUGCAGAUUGCUCGGUAACCAUCACACCCCACCGUCUCCGUAGCCUUUCCAGGACCAGGCCAGACAGCCGGAAACGACUGGGGAUAUCCGGUUUUCUGGACCAUUAUGAGCGCUACAGCGGUUUUCAUCGGUCCCUAGACCUCUAUGCAUCGAGUAUACCGGACACGAACUUUAGCGUGGUGCUGAUCAAUGGGGGACUUAACCUGCAAAAUCCUCUAGAGAUCAGUACUGAAGCAAGUUUGGACAUCCAAUACGCUGCUGCUUUGGCCGAUAACCCCUUGACCACGUUCUACAGCUCUGCCGGACGCGGCCCUACCAUAUUUGGAGUAGGAGAUGAUGGUUCAGGGGAGUCAGAUCAUGAGCCAUACCUCGGGCAAUUUCGUUAUCUUUUGGAUCUCCCAGAUGACGAGCUUCCUGCUGUUCUAUCUACAUCCUACGGCGAAGUGGGGCAGAGAGUUCCAGAAACAUAUGCCAAAACCACCUGUAACAUGUUUGCUCAGCUUGGAGCGCCGGGUGGGGGGGUCUCCGUUAUCUUCAGCAGCGGUGACUCGUAA